AACGUCAGCAAGCGUACCGUGCGCUUAGUAAAGACUCGAAACGAGUUGGGUGAGACUCCCUUGCAACGUGCUGCAUAUGAGGGCGACGCCGACAAGGUCUCGCUUCUGCUAGCAGCAGGUGCGCCAGUAGACGUGGUGGACAACAACGGCUGGACACCCCUGCAUGACGCCGUCAACGGUCAGCAUCUCGAGGUUGUCAAGAUCUUGCUCCUGCAGCCCGAUAUCAAAGUCAAUAAGCCUGGUGGUCAGCAGGAGCAGAAGACACCACUUUUAGAGGCCGUGGAGACUGGCCACCGUGAGAUU